AUGGAGUCUAGUGGCACUCUGCAUGGGCUCAUAGCUGCAGCUGCCUCUGUACACGCCCAGCGAGUGGCAGUGACAUUCGACGGAGGGUCCUUGUCAGGCGAUCCGGUGUCACUACUCUACCAGGACCUGCUUGCACUUUCUAGCGAACUUUCCCGCACUCUGCAGCAGCACUGCGGGAAAAAUAAUGGCGUAUUUGGACUAUAUUGUAACGACGAUUUGUUCGUGCCGGUGUGGGUUCUAGGGAUCCUGCAGACACCUGCUGCCUAUGUGCCAUUAGAUCCUGGAGUUCCAGGGCUUUUCUCUUCACGGGUUAUGAGCAAGUGUCGCCUUAAGUACUGUGCUGUGAAGAGCGACCUUCUGCAGGGUUUCCAGGCAGCGUUCACCCAGCACAUGAGUGUGGAGAUAUGCACAGACUUACCAAAGUUCAAACUCAUCGUGGUGCGGGUCAAGCACCUGACAGAUGAUGAGCUUGAUGAUGCAAAACCAGAAGCAUCGCAAUCCCUGUCCAAAGGAGGAAGAGCUUUGGCGUAUGUGCUGCACACAUCAGGAACGACUGGCCCGCCCAAGAUUGUGCGGGUUCCACACGAGUGCAUACUUCCCAACAUUCUGCACCUCAGGCGUUUGUUUGAGGUGAGUUGCAACGACGUGGUCUUCCUAGCAUCACCGCUGACCUUCGACCCGUCAGUGGUGGAAAUUUUCCUGGCAUUAUCAUCCGGCGCUCAACUCCUAAUCGUUCCUGCCGUGCUCAAGAAAAUUCCCCGCCAACUGUGCAGCCUUCUAUUUCGUCGUCAUAAGACCACGCUAAUGCAGGUGACGCCCACGCUGCUGUCUCGUUUCGGCCCACGUCGCCUCCGACAAGAAGUGCUGUCACGUGACUCACCGUUGCGCAUCCUGGCCUUGGGCGGCGAGGCGUGCCCGUCGGGGUUGAACGCUUGGCGCCAUGAAGACAACACCACCCUGAUGUUCAAUCUUUACGGCAUCACUGAAGUUUCCUGCUGGGCCACCUGCUACAAAAUCCCGACUGACAGCUCCGCAUCAUCCGCUGUGCCUUUGGGGAGCCCCCUGAUAGGCACCAAAGUGGAGGUGAGGGACGAAGACGGCGGCGUGGUGACAGAAGGCGAGGGCCAAGUGUUCAUAGGCGGAGACCAGAGGGUGUGCAUCCUGGACCAAGAGGAAACUGCAAUAGCUGGGACCAUGAGGGCCACGGGAGAUUGGGUGGACUUAAAAGGUGGGCAGAUGUUCUACUGCGGCCGGAAAGACAGAAGAAUCAAGCGUCACGGCAAACGUGUCAACCUCGACCACGUGCAGCAACUGCUCUCAAGUCUGCCCGUGGUGGACUCUUGUGCUGUUUGCCUACAUGAAACCUCCCGACUCCUCGCCUUCGUCGUCCCCGCAGCACCCGCGGUUUCCGAAGACGAUGGGUCCCCGUCCUCUCCGGACCUAAGCAGGCACCUCUUGAAGCAGCUGAGUCCACUACUUCCCUCCUACGCCGUUCCUGACACCCUUGUGCUUGUACCGGCCUUACCUCUCACUCCUCAUGGCAAAGUGAACUUACGGGCGUUGGUGAAAAUAUACCAAAGGCAACGAUUGGAUGCCAGUCAGUCACACAAAGAUGUCACAGGGCUCAAGAAAACAUUGCAAACUUUAUGGCAGGAUGCCCUCGGUCAGGAUGCGAACACCGAUUUGGAUGAGGAUUCCCGUUUCCUGUUCAGUGGCGGAGACUCCCUGAAGGCGCUUCGACUUUGCGAAGACGUCCUGGCCGCCACGGGAGUUGUCUCGCCUCGGCUUUUGGAGGCCAUCCUGGAUGGGACAUUCGCCGAUGUCCUGCACCUGUUGAUUGCGCCACGGGAAAAAAAACGCUUGGCAGAGAAAAUGGCUCCAGUGACCACAGAAAAAGGGAAGCCUUUAAAAGUCUUAAAACUAGAGUGUGGAGGUGGAAGAGGCGCCAUGGUCCUCAACGAGCGCUGGUCUUCGGACACAGGCAGAUGCGUGGAUGCUUCGCCGGCACUUUUAGUCCAGGAAGGGGAAGACGGUACCAGAACUACUGUGUUCAUCGGCUCUCACUCGCAUAGGAUGCAAGCUCUGGACCUGGACAGUGGACGCCUGCUUUGGGAGCGAGUCCUCGGGGGACGCGUCGAGGCGUCUGCUGCAGUGUCGCCAUGUAGGCGCUACGUGGUCGUAGGUUGCUACGACGGAGGUGUGUAUGUGCUGAGUGCCGACUCCGGGGAGACACACUGGGUCUUUGAAACGGGCGACGCUGUGAAGAGCUGCCUCGCUGCAGACCCCCGAACAGGCUGGAUGAUGGUGGGCUCACACGAUGGUUUUUUGUACGCACUGGACCUCCAGGCUAAACGAUGCAUUUGGACGCGUGACUGCGAGAGCGGCGCAGUCUUUUCCUCACCCCACCUGGACACAACUCGCCGCCAUUUAUACGCGGCCACGCUAGGCGGCAAGCUGCUGUGUCUAAAUCCGGACAGCGGCAACGUCUUGUGGUCGCACUGCAGGAACGUUCCCUUCUUCUCCUCACCAAAGGUUGCCGGAGAUGCCAGUGUGGCCAUUGGGUCGGUGGAUGGGAAUAUCCUCUGCUUUGACAAAGGGGGCACACUGCUUUGGCAAUUCCUGACGGACGGCCCAGUCUUCUCAUCACCAUGCGUGACCUCCAACCUUCAGAGGCUCUUGUGCGGCUCUCACGACGGCCGCGUGUACUGCUUGAAUGCCACUGAUGGCUCCCCGCUUUGGACCUUCCAGACGGCGGGCAAAGUAUUCGCCAGCUCCUGCGCAUUUGACGGUGGCACGCGAGGUGAGCUUCUGGGCGUGGCCUCCACUGACGGCACAGUCUACAUCCUGGACGCUCGGGACGGAAGCGAGCUGUGCUCACGGACUCUUCCAGGGGAGCUGUUCUCCUCACCGGCGGUAUUUGGACGCUCACUUGUGAUUGGCUGUCGGAAUGAUUAUGUGUAUUGUUUACAAAUGGACUUUGAGCCAUAA